CCGCCCAGCCCAACACCCCGGGGCAGGCGGCCGGCAGUCAACAGGACUUUGGCACCUGGCAGCCGGGCGCAGCCGAGCAGGAGGCCCGAGCCGUGUCCCCUCGCCCGGGCCUCAGCCUAUGCCAGGAUGCAGGAAGGCGCCCACCUCCGCAGGGGGAGGAAGAGCCGGGAGGGCCCCCCCGGCCGGCGCUUUUGUCCUCCGGGUGACCUACUGCUGGCGGCCACCGAGCUCACCUUCUUCAUGCAGUUCUCCAUGAUGCCCUAUCUGGCGAAGAACCUGGGCCUGGACUCGGUGGGCUUCGGCUACCUGCAGACCAUCUUCGGGGUUCUCCAGCUGCUGGGAGGCCCCAUCUUUGGCAGGUUUGCUGACCAGCGCGGGGCGCAGGCAGCCCUGACCCUCUCCUUCUUGGCGGGCUCGUGCCUCUACUUGCUGCUCUCCCUGGCCACCAAUGUGCCCCUCCUCGUGCUCUCCCGGCUCCCAGCUCUGUUCCUGCACGUCCUCCCAGGGGCCCAGAUGGUCAUCACAGACCUGACGUCGCCCGCAGAACGGCCCGGAGCCCUGGGGAAGCUGGGCCUGUGCUUCGGAGUGGGAGUCAUCCUGGGCUCCUUGCUGGGCGGGACGCUGAGCACCACGUUUGGGCUCUACUCCCCAGCCUACGUGGCCUUGUUGGCGAACGGCGUCUGCGCGGUCAUCAGCCUCACGUGCAUCCCCAGCAACACCAAGGCGGCCGCAGCGGCCCCCCCAGGCAGACCCCUGGCAGCCAGCGUGUUUGAUCUGAAGGAAAUCGCCCGCCUCCUGGGGCUGCCCGGGGUCCGGCCUGUCUUCUUCAUCAAGAUCCUCUCUGGUUUUCCCUCAGGGCUCUUCAUGAUCAUGUUCUCCAUCAUCUCCAUGAACUUCUUUGAGCUGGGGGCCGCCCAGGCUGGCUACCUCAUGUCCUAUUUUGGAGUUCUCCAGAUGGUGGUCCAAGGCCUGCUCAUCGGGCGCCUGAGUGAGCGGUACUCGGAGGGCUCCUUGCUCCGGGCCAGCAUCCUGGUGUUCAGCUCCGUGGGCCUGGGCAUGGCCCUCAUGACGAACGUCUUUCACUUCUGCCUCGUCGUCCCGGGCCUGGUGUUCGGCCUCUGUGCCAUGAAUGUCGUCACGGACAGCCUCCUGACCAAGGCGGUGCCCCCCUCGGACACGGGUGCCAUGUUGGGGAUCUGUGCUUCCGUCCAGCCUCUGACCCGGACCAUUGGCCCCACCAUCGGUGGCCUCCUGUACAAGAGAUUUGGUGUGGCUGCCUUUGGCUACCUGCAGUUUGCUGUCAACUUUCUCCUAUUCUUAUAUCUGUGGAUGAAGAAGGUUCCCCAGAAAGCCUAAAAGGCGCCAUGACCUCUGCCCCAAAGAGGGACUCAUCCUCCUUCCUUCCCCACCUGGUAAUAAAUACCUGCUGCUGCUCCUCCUCCA